UGAUGGCAGCAAUACAUGGCUGCUAAACUCUGAAGAACAAUCUUUCGUAAAAUUUCUUCUCGAGAUCGUUUCCAUUCGUUAGUGAACCUUUUCGUCGUGUACUUCGUAUUUGAUUUUUAUUCUAGAUUUUUUUUUAAGUGGUUAAAAGUAUGGAAAGUCCGAUUGUGAGUCGUUUACCACAUCAGAAUACUAUGAAGAGAACUUUAUGUAAUAGUAAACAGUAUAAGAAAAAUUAUAUUAAGAAUAUUAACGAUUUCGAGGAUAGUCAUUUUAGGAAAUGUUAUCAUGGUUAUAUUAAUGAUUUCGAUGACGGCCAUUUUGGAUAUCAGUAUUGUCCGCAAAGCAUACGAGUGCCAAUCAAAGCCGAUAUACCAGAUCGGGUUAUGAUUAGUUCGCGAAUUAAUGCUAAAACUCCGAGCCCUGGGUUGUCGCCUAAUCGAGCUUAUGAUCCGUUGGAUUAUUGUCAAAUGUCCAGAUAUUAUUUAAAUUCUCCAUUGCCAUCGUACCCUAGUAGGACGAGUCCAGCGAGAUCAAUUCCGGUACACAAUUAUUUCAAUAAAUCUUCAUUCGAUGAGUAUAAUUUUGACGAUUCGUUUAUCCAGUCGUAUGAUCGAUGGACGUUGGAUUCGAUGGAUGAAAAUUCUACUACUGCGGUAGUCACAUCAGCUGGUAUUAUAAGUUUAAUGAUUAGUAAGGGUAUUCAAGUAGAUUUGACCGUCGAUGGAGCUAUUCGAAUUCUAAACAGUCCAGGAAGAAUGGCGAUUGCUGUGAACGUAAGUGGAAAAGAAUGCGCAUUUUUACAUCCUGUCGGCAGAAUGAGACAAUACGAUAAUAAAAUCGAAAUCGUUGGUAUUUCAGCUACUCAUAAUCACAAAUUCGCCAAAAUGUGGAGCGGAGGAAUCUCAUUCACGACAGAUAAAUCCUCAAUAGUAUUUUUAAUCGAUCCAGCCGGUACAAGAAGUACUAAAGAUACAUUCUCCGAUCUGCUAGCUUCGGAUUUCUCCGAAAACGUUUUCUUUUCCGGCUCACAACACGGAGCUCAGUACUUGGACGAAUGUGUAGCUCUUCUUAACACAGCGUAUUAUAAAAUGAAAGCCGAUGGAAGCGAAGUAUGGAUUAUAAACAACAUCUUGAUACAAAAGACCGUCGAUAACUUAGUCAGCGUAAACCGGGGUAAAAAUGAGAUUCAAAUCAAGACGAAUGUAUUCGGUAAAGGACGUUUAACCACCUCGAGUUUCCACUGCACAGCUUCCAGCGGCGAACAGAAGCAUUUAUUUGUUAAAAGUGAUGAUAAACGAAUGCAUUACGAUGGUUCAAAAUUUGUCGUACGGAAUGCCGCUCAGUCUGCAGGGUUCAAUAAGGAUGGCCAAUUUACUGUUUAUUGAAUAAAUGUUAUUAUGUUAAGUUUAGUUUCUUGUUGUAUUUAUUUAUUUAUUGGUGAAAUUAUUUUCAAAAUUAUUAUUUAUUCGAGUAGGUAGAUAAUUCUAUUUAAGGUAUUUAGAAAUUUUGUUUCCUUUUGCUGUUACCGAUGAGUUAAAUUAAGUAUUAAUUUAUAGUGUAAAUUUAUUUCUUAAGAUUUCGAUAGUACUAUUGAUUAGCUCGAUUAGGUAAUGGUAAUAAUUAAUAUGAUGAAAAGUUAUUAAUGGAACUUAAAAUCUCAAUGUACAAGUUCCUUUCUAAUAUAAGACGUAGGUAUACGUAGUAAAAGUAAAGGUUUAUUCAUGUGGUCUUCUAUCGUGUAAAACUAAGGUACCUUAAGGAAAUUUUUUUUCAUGUUAAAUUUUCAUUUACGUAGAAAAUAUAGUACGGAGUUGAUAUUCAUUUUGUGAAAAAUAUAAUAAUUUUUU